AUGCGAAGAGAGUUAUUUGUUCGCAUAGUCGAUGCCCUGACAGAUUAUUCAGAAUAUUGUCAGUGGAGGAGAGAUGCAAUUGGGAGGAAAGGUUUGUCACCACUUCAAAAAUGCACGGCGGCUAUUCGUCAAUUGACAUAUACAUCCCCUGUCGACUCUCUAGAUGAGUAUGUACGGAUGGGUGAUAGAACUGCCCUUGAUUGCUUGAUCAACUUCUAUCGAUGGUCACCUAACGAUAUAAAUGUUCUUAACGAAUCACCAUUAUUUAACAUUGUCCUACAGGGAAAUGCUCCAGAUGAUAAUUUCACGGUAAACAACACAUCAUAUACAAAAGGAUACUAUCUGACAGAUGGUAUAUACCCGGAAUGGGCUACGUUCAUGAAGGGGUUUCCAUGUCCCGAGGAUUCCAAAAGGAAUAAAAAAAUCAAGGAGAGACAGGAGGCUGCAAGAAAGGAUGUGGAGCGAGCAUUUGGAGUGCUCCAAGCUCAUUGCACAAUAAUUAGAGGUCCUACGCAAUCUUGGUACAAAAAUGACUUAAAGAAUAUCAUGUAUACGUGCAUUAUUUUGCAUAACAUGAUUAUUGAGGAUGAAGGAGAUGCAUCAAUCAAUUGGUCAGAUGAAGACUCUCUUUCACCGGCAUGA